UUGUCAGGCGCUCCACGUCGCGCCAGGAUCGACAAAGAGGGGAAGGCUCAGUGACCUGAAAUCAUGAGACUCGUCAGGUUCUUGAUGAAGCUGAGCAACGAGAGCGUCGUGGUGGAGCUCAAGAACAGCACCGUGGUGCAGGGAACUAUCACCGGUGUGGAUAUGUCGAUGAACGUGCACAUGAAGAACAUCAAGUUCACCGUGAAGGGCAAACCUCCGGUUUCCAUGGAUCACCUGACCAUCCGAGGUAACAACGUACGGUAUGUCAUCCUCCCUGAUAGCAUUCCCUUGGACACUUUGUUGGUGGACGAUGCCAAGCGUCUUCCCAAGGUGAAGUCACUUGCAGGCCGCGGUCGAGGCAGAGGUCGUGGCCGUGGCACUAAGAAGAAGUGAGCGACGACAAGGGGUUGACGGGGUUGGGUCUGCCUCGAGGUUAGGUGCACUGGGUAUCCGUUCUUUACGCACAGGUUGCAAAAGAACGG